CUCUUCCUGUGCUUUCCUCUUGGCUUGGGUGGGAAGUAGCAGCAGCAGCAGCCUCUCGGGCUGCAUCUAAAACUCGGGCGCCUGGGGGGCUGCGGGAGGAUCCGGAGUCUGCAGCCGGCGAGAGGUGCAAAGCACACGAAGACAUUUCCAGCUCCUGUAUCUUGCCCUGAAGAGCCUGAAGGCUCUGCUUGGAUUGGGCCAUUCGCCUUGCGACACCAACAGAACAGCAUUAUCCUCCUGCCAGAUGAUUUCCCAGCUCUGCUGUGGACUUAAGCUUCCAUUUCGUGGCUAGUUUUACCAGAAUACCUGCUCCGAGGAGUUGGGGGUGGGCAGGCACCCCCACCCACCCCCAACUGGAGCCUGCCGACAAGCCCCCUUCUCCCUGCAAGUCUGUCUGCUCCCCUCCUUUACCUCUGCUUUUGCCUUUGGGGAGAGGCAAGAGGGUAUCAAUCGGGUGGCCAGAUUUGGCCCACAGGCCUCGCCUUGCCUACCUCCGACGCGAGACAGGAAUUUCCCUUGUGGGUUGACACAAUAUGGCUACGGGGAGAGGGGAAACGGCUGCCCUCCACCUGCAGUUCCAGGGUGCUCCAGAACCAGGAAUGCAGCCAGCGAUGAAAAUGGAGGCGCAAGACCCAUCUGGUCACGAACUAGGGGGAGGGGCAGCUUCCCGCUUCCUUCCGGUUGGCUCCAUGCGGGAGUUUUUGGCCGGGGAAGCUCCUCAGCAGGUGAAGCAGGAGCCGGACGAGGGUCUGCAGCAGCACUGGGAGGCCCAGAGGCAGGAGUUCUCCAAGGCAGUGCCCUAUCCCCAGCCAGGGUGGCGGAAUCCACCACUGCACAAGCCCUUGCAGUGGGACACCAAUUCAUUCCAGACCUCCUAUGAGGCAGCUGCCAACCCGAGCCAGUGGCCCCCCGGAGGGUGGGUAGCCCAGAGCCUGCCGGGCCUCAGCCGGGAAGCCCAGCCAGUCUACGGCGGCUCAGGGCACCGAGACCGAAGGGGCUAUGGGAGUGUGAAGGAGGAGACCCCUGGUGAUGACACAGUCAGCAUGGAGGUGCGGCGCCAGCGCUUCCGACGCCAUCGCUACCAGGAGGCCGAGGGGCCCCGGGAAGUCUGCCGGCAGCUGCAGGAGCUCUGCCACCAGUGGCUGAGGCCCGAGAGGCACAGCAAGGAGCAGAUCCUGGAGGCCGUGGUCAUGGAGCAGUUCCUGACAGUCCUGCCCCAGGAAAUCCAGAACUGGGUCCGGGAGCACAGUCCAGAAACCUGCGCCCAAGCAGUCGCCUUGUCGGAAGACUUCCUGAUGAGGCAGCGAGAAGCCCAGAGAAAAGAGCAGCAGGCUCUGUGGACGUUUGAUGAGGUGGUGGUGAACACCCCCAUGCCGCAGCAAUACCCCUCUGUGGCGCAACAGGUACACUACCCUACAGUGGCGCUGCCAAUGCAGUACCCGCCCCUGGCCCAGCCGGUGGCGUUCCCUGCCAUUGGACCACAGGCUCCGAAUCCUGUUGUGCCAGAGAGAGCACCGCCCAAUGCCGGGAGAACGCUGAUCUGCCGGGAACCUGUGCCUGAGGGAGGCAGGAGUCUCAGGCCGUAUGGCCCCAUUCAAGAAUUCCGGAGGCCCCUCACAAACGCGGAGCGGAUGCGGAACCGGCGGAUGCGGAACCGGAAGCAGCGCCUUGAGACCAGCAUGCAGCUGGUGGAGUCAGCUUCAAGGGCCCCUUCCAUGCUUUUGGAUGCCAUGCGCGGCUUGCACCGCCAGGACCUGAAGGCCUUUGACAGGGCCAGGCAAGAGGAGAGGCAGCACAGGAAGCAGGAGAGGCGCCAGGACAGGGCCACGGCUCAGCUGAUGGUCAACGCCAUUGAGCGCUCCCACAAUGACCUGGGCGAGUUCCUGGGGAGGCAAACGGCCACCAUGGCAGCCAUCGCGGCAGUCUUCGCCGGCCAGAGGUCUCCGUCGCAAGGAGCGUCCCUUGGCUACAGCUCGUACCAGGGGAACAGCAACCCACCUUGGGGCCCGCCGGAGGCUGGGACCCCUCUACCGCCCGGUCACGUGCCCGGCAUGCCUUCAGAGCCUGUGGCAGGCCCAGCCAUUCCGUGCCCGGUGCCUCCUCUGGCCACCCCAGGCGGCAUUUGCAACCCCAUCCCAGAACCCCCUCCUACGGACGGACCACGAGAGGAUGCCGCUCCAGACUCGCCCACGCCAUCCACUUCUGACACCGCGUCGCGUACGCUAGACACGCGGCCGAGCAGAGGGACGAAAAGGAAGAUGUGGGAAUGACAAGGGGCACCCUUCCCCUCUUGUAGUUUUCAUUUGGAUUUCGAUGGGAUUUUCUCAAUGGGCAGGGCUGCCAGAACCCUGCUCUUUUCUCAUCCACCUCCCACUUACCCUGGUUUUAACAGGACAGCCCGUCUAUCUAUGCAAAAAAAAAAAAAAAAAGGCAAAAAGCUGCAUGGUCAGGUUGCAUACUGGUAGCCAGUGAGAGCUGUAGGGUUCAGAGCCUGUGCCGUUCCAACAGAUAAAAGAGGUGAAUUUUGAUCCCGGAGACCUGGGUGAGUGGACCAGUGGACCCACUGAGGCAAGUCAAAUCUGCCUUUCUGUAAAAUGGGAAUAACCAGCCUACCUCGCAAAAGUGGUUACGGAGGGGUGCUUUGCAAAUGCAAGAGCCCCAUAAACACAUGCAAUGUUGACUUGGUUUUACUUAGCAAGUCAAUCUCUAUUGCUUAGAGAUUUUUUAAAAAUUGUAAGAGGUGGAGAAAUGCUAUUAAAUAUUAAAAUAAUAAUUUAAAGGAGGGCCAAGGGCAAGAGCUGUUCCAGUGAAGCAGUGUCUUGUGCCAAACCCUUCAAAGUGGCCCAGUCGAUACGGCAAUUUCUUAACAGCGUUUUAUUUAUUAUAUGAUAUUUAUUAUAAAAUGUUUUUUAAUACUCCUAUAAUAGCUGUCCGUAGUGGCUAAUCAAGCCACAAAGUUACAACAGUAUUUAUUAUGAAAUGAUGUACCCAUAAUUCAAAAAGAGAGUAUUUUAAACCAGAAGCCAACAAAAGAUUUUAAAAAGAGAGCGGUGCAGCAGAGAACAUUGUACAAUCUCUAUUGGGCUUGUCAUCGGUGCUAUCCCACGAGGAAAAUCAGCAUUAUACCCAUUUUACAGAUGGGAAAAACUGAAGCUAAGCAUAAGUAGUGAGGUAUUUUUUGUUGUUCCAAGCUCUAAUACUUUAAUUGUUGUCGUGAAAAGCGACAUGCUGGGUGGAGCCGCUACACCAGCUUCCCUGCAAGGUGGGUUGCUGCUGCUUACUGGGAGAAGGUGGAGAGAAAGAAGGCAAUGAAGUUGAUGUGCUGCAAAUGCACCAGUGAAGCCCAUUGGGUGCUUCUGCUGGUGCUUUUGCACCACACUGACCUCUCCACCUCACUUUUAACUGAUCCUCCUGCUUGAGCUGCAGCCAUUAGCUCAGGGCUGGGGGAACUUUUGGACCUCCCCCCAGAUGUGGCUAGAUUAGGGCUCCUCCAUUGUCUUCCGAGACGGACGGAUGCCAAUCAACAACAGCACCCAGGCCAGUUUCCCCUCCUUUUUUUUUGCAAUUCUAGAUUCAAGCGCAGCUCGGUUUUUCCUAAGCCAGGCUGGCUUCCUCACCGAAAUGUACCGAAUAUGUCAAAACCAGCCUUUCCUUCACCAGAAGCAGCAACAUCUUUUUUGAGACAAUCUGUCUUUUAAGAACCCCGGAGGUUUCCCCCCUCCCUAAGACUGGCACUCGAGACUUGGCAUUUUGGAGCCCUCCUGGACCACGCUGUUCAGUUUUGAUGUAUUUUUUAAAAUAAGUACUGUUUUUAAAUGAACUCUGUUAACCUGUCCAGCUUGCAAAAUGUGUAUUUAUUUGUAAAUGUAUUCUGAGCUUUUUAAGUGGGAAGGAAUAAAGGAAUGGUGCGGUGGAGAGUCGGGGCAAGCUUUGAGGGUGGGAUCGCCGGGGUUGGGUUUGGCAAAAGAUUAAGAGCAGGAGUAGGAAACCUCAAGGCCUCUGGAUGUUGCUGGACUCCAGCUCCCAUCAUCUUUGAGCGUAGGUUGUGCUGCCUGGGGCUGAUGGGAACUGGAGUCCAGCAACACCUGGAGGGCAGUGGGAUCCCCAUCUCCAAAGCUGUUUUCCAUUUACGCUAAAAGCCACAAAUCUUUUCAGCUUCAAAAUGCAGAGAGGGGGAAAUCAGACAGUGAAAACAGUCCACAGGCAUGAGUUCUCUCCAUGUCAGAACACCCAUGUGCUGUUGGGUGAAAACAAAAAUUAUACAUCAAGUCUGGACCUCCUGAUGAUGUUGGACUCCAACUCCCAUCAUCCCUGAGCAAUUGGCACACUGCCUGGGGCUGAUGGGAGUUGAGUCCAGAAGCACCUGGACUCCAGCCCUGUUACGCAUCCUAAUGACACUCUCUGUCUACCUUUGAAACUUAGCAGGAGGUAACGCCAAAUGAGGUUGGAUGAGAGACCAGUUAUCAGCCAGAUCAUUCCCAGCCAUGCUGAACCCAGAAGGUGUCUAUCAUUUGGAGCAGAGGGGUUGCAGCUGGUCUUUGCUCCCCUUAAAGACUUCAAGAGCUGUGCCACUUCAGACUGCUCGUGUAACAAUAUGCUCCUCCAUGCACGCACACGUGCGCGCACACAUACACACACGUCCCUGCAUGUAGAAAAGUAGCUGGUGAGAAGGAAAGGCCUCCAGCCUAAAUCCCCGCCCCCCAAUAAAGAUGCUAGUUUUUCAUGUUUACCAUCCUCCUUCAACCUGAUGCCCUCCUGAUGAUGCCCAGAUCUCCAGGCUAGGGAAGAUUUAUUUAUAACAAUAUUUGUAUACUGUAGUUCCGUAAAAAAAAAAACCUACAAUAAUUAUCUUUAUGCAAUAAACAACCCCCCCCCCAAAGAAAUUUAAAAAGUAUUGAUUGCCAGCUAACUAUUACUGAAAAUGUAUGGUGGAGAUAGAGGAAAUUGUGGCCUGAAGUUGCCACGGGCCCAAUUCCCACUGAUGGGUUGGGGCUGGCUGGGGCUGAUGACAUCUGGAGAAGGUCCACAGGUUCCCUGAUCCUGCUGAAGAUGUGUAGCCCAGACACAGGCUUUCCCUCCUCAGCAAGAACCCAGCCUUUCCCCUCAAAAAGAGCAGCUGGUGAGGCUCAGCGGGAUAGGCCAAGCCUUGUUGUGUGCAAAUCUGCCAACUGCUAAUGCCUAGAGCAUUUCCCAUAAUCCCCUGCAGUGGUUCCCUGCCAGGCACUCAGGGUCUCCUUAGCUGUCUUCUCAGUGUGGAAGCCAGUUUGAGGACCGGCGUCCUGAGCGGGCAAUUUGUUUUGCUCGUUCAGGGCAAGGGUGGGGAAUCUUUGGCCCUCUUCCUGUUGCUGGGCUCCAGUUCCCAUAAGCCCCAGCCAGCAUGGCCAAUGGGCAGAGAUCAUAGUCCAAUAAGGUCUGGAGUACCACAGGUCCCCCAUCCCCGAUUCAGGAGAAAGCAACUUCCAAAGGGGCUCUGUAUCUAUAUUAGGAUUUAUUCAAAGCAACAGAGUUAGUUCUGGGCUAUUUGACUUCUCUCCCCCCCCAUCCACUCCCCUCUUUGAAAAACAAAAGCGUCAUUAACGCAGCAUUGUCAGUCUCCAAAGAUGCCCAGGGUCAUUUUAGCAGGCUUUCCAAAUGGGGAUUCUCAGAUGAAUUCCACCUCCCCCCCGCGUCACAAGUUUUGAAACUAUUCAAUAAAGUUUGUAAUUUUU